AUUUUAUUUGAAAAGCGGCGUGUACAAAAGUGCUCCAUUUUGUUCCCACUGAAAAUGUUUCAACAAAACCAAAGUGACUUUGGGAUUCAUUCAUUGACAUCUCCAAAUGCAAAAUCAAAUCGCAACCUUCACCAGCAUUGUGGGAAUCCUGACGACUACAGCGAGCUGCUGACGUCAGCGGGAUGUUGCCGAAGCUCCGACGGAAGAGGAAAAAGCGACUUACCUCCUUGCAGCGAGGGUCUGCACAACGCCAGGACCACCGCCAGCAGCAUCAGCACCGGUGGGCUGGCGUCUCUCAGGUGCUGAAAGUGUCAAUCAAGUCCACCCGGGUCCGGCGGCGACCCGGCGGCGGGGGUUCACGCAACAGGAAACGGAGCUCAGGUCUUCUUGACUUUUCCCUAGUGAGGCUCACCGGAGUUGGAUGAAGCCAAGCUUGUGACAUCACCCGAGGCCUCUACGUAUGAAGACAAAGGAAGUACAUGACGUCAUCAAACUGGGACACUCAUUGCAUCGUGAACUGUGAAGAGCAGGGGCAUGCCCAUAUGUCUCGGGUGACCUUGUAAUUCCUAAAAUUGGUUCUCUAAAAACAAAGAAACAGACGAAGAAGUAUGUCGGUCAAGCAGGCGUCUGUGCACGCCAAGUGGAUCAUCGGCCGAGUCAUCGGAACCAAAAUGACCAAGACUGCAAAAGUACGCGUCACUCGGCUCGUGCUCGACCCUUACCUGCUCAAGUACUACAACAGGAGGAAGACCUACUUUGCGCACGACGCACAGCAGCAGUGCACAGUGGGCGACGUGGUGCUGCUCAAGGCUCUGGCCGAGCCGCGCUCCAAACACGUCAAGCACGAGCUGGCCGAGGUGGUCCACAAGGUGGGCCGUGCCGUGGACCCGCUGACGGGCAAGCGGGUGGCCGGCGCCCAAUUCCUGGAGCCGCUGGAUGACCUACACGUCGACUGCGAGACUUUGGCCGGCAAAGUGCAAAGCUUGAACAUCUCAGCGGACACGUCGCAUUAAUGCUUGGAUGGUUUGACCAUUGUAUGAGGAUUUUGUGGACCGCUCCGAACACAAUUCUGGAGUGUCAGAGGGAGCUGGCAUACUCAGAGACAAGCAACUCCAACACUGGGAGAACAUGCCACUGGAUUUGAAUACAGAACCGCACAACUAUGAGGCAGUGCUAAUUGGUCGGACCUUAAACGGGGUAUUUGGGAAGUACUUUUUAUGGCUUUGUUCCAUGACAGAACUGCAUAGUCAAGUCCUAUGGAGCUCAUUCAAUAAUAGAUUACAAUAAAAAGCUCACACACUG